ACGAAAUCAUCAGAACAAAAUCAGUUCGUGUUUUUUGUUUCAAUGUUUAUUAUUGAACAUGUUAAUUUAAUGUUUUCAUAUAGUUAUUAAUUUCUUGCUUUUUCUAAUAACCGAAAGAUGAAUAGUUUACUUGAUAAUUGCUUUAGCGUGGAAGAACUGGACCAGGAAUUUUCCAAAAAGAUUUCACUGGUUCGUGAAUGUUUGGAACUUAAAGAUAUGGAUAAGGAUUCAGCAAUUUUUUUUAAAUCUCUUAAUGUGGAAAUCAGAGAUUUGAAAGAACAGUUUAAAGAAUUAAGAGACAUAAUUAAGUCUGGAAAUGAAAAAGUUGUUCAACUACAGAACCUUGUGAAGAAACUUGAAAAGUUAAAAAAUAGAUUAGAUCAUAUGGAAGAAAAUUUUCCUGCGAUUUUUAAAUCAUCGGUACCAGUUGUCCAGAAGGAGAUAAAUGGUAAUGCUAAUGUUAAAUCUACUAAAAAUGAUCCUGCUUUGGCAAAGAAUAAGAGAUCUGUUGAAAGGAUGAAAUUUGUAACAGUUCAAGAAUUUGAAAAUGUUCCUAAGUACUUGAAAGGUCGCUUCAAAUAUGAGCAGGUAAACAAAUUUGUUGAAGAAUUCAAUCACGCUUUAGAGGGCAAAUACAAAUUAUUGUUCAUGUCUCGUAAAGAACUUAAACCACCCCAACUUAAAAUAUGGCAAAAAUUAAAAUCACAGGAAAAUGCAGAAACAAAAGGUUUGUUUUUCUGUACAACAGAAGACUUAAAGGACUAUGGAAACAUAAAGCUGGAUAAGGCAUCUCUUAAUAUAAUGACUAUUUUACGGCAUUGUGGGAAAGUAAAAGAAAUUAGAGGUCCUGGACCCAUAACACGUUAUACUGUUGUAUAAUUUCAACGUAUCCUAAUUUUUUUAAUGUGUUAUUAGUUUUAUUGCUGCAUAUAUCUAUAUUUUUGUAUGCAUUUGUAAAUUUUGUAUAUAUUAAAUUGUGUCUUGUAGAAUA